AUAUAUAUACUCGUAGGAGGCACUCGUGGGAGUUUCGUCCCGCACCCCGUCGAGAUUGUGUUGACACUUGACACACWUAGUUCUAGGGACCAUCGCARMGGACAACACGCCGAAAGCCAUUGAACCAUGGUUUUGGUCCGAGCUCCGUGGCUGGCAGUUGCGGCCACAGUGCUUGGUGGUAUCCAUUGGUUCCUGCCAACGCUGUCUCGUUUUCAUCCUGGGGACAGAGAGAACGGAAUUCGCAGCAGCAGCAGCAGCAGCAGCAGCAGCAGCAGCAGCAACAACAACAACAUCCAUGCAUACACCAAGGGACCCAAGAGCAGCGAUGCGGACACCCCCGGGCGCCAACGCAACAAACGCACACUGUACGUGCACGUCGUCCCCCACUCGCACGACGACGUCGGAUGGCUCAAGACGAUCGACCAGUACUACUACGGCCGCAACAACACCAUCCAGCUCGCCAGCGUCCGCGAGGUUCUGGGCUCGGUAGUGGAGGCCCUGGACGAAAAUCCAUCCCGGACCUUUGUGUACGCAGAGCAAAAGUUCUUUGCCRCGUGGUGGGAGGAGCAGACCCCCGAGACGAAGGACACGGUGCGGAGGCUCGUUUCGGAAACGAGGCAGCUGACCUUUGCCAACGGGGGUUGGUGCAUGCACGACGAGGCGGCGACGCAUUACAUGGGUGAGUAGUGAGUUGUGAGUAGUGAGUUGCUCGCGAGUGGGUGGGUUCGAUGGAUGGAUGGAUGGAUGGAUGGAUGGAUUUUGAUUUGCGGCUUUUGCUCGACCGGCAGCGCAUGCCCACGCGUGUUGGAAUCGGUGGCUUGGAUUUCCUCGUUUCGCACGUUCUGCGCUCUCAUCCUGAUUCCAUUACAACGCAACGCAACACAACACAACACAACGCAACGCAACGCAACGCAACACAACACGACACAGGCAUGAUCGAUCAAACCACGCUCGGACACAACUUUCUCAAAAAAACCUUCGGAUACGUCCCCACGGUGGGCUGGCAGCUCGACCCCUUUGGACACUCGUCGGUCCAGUCCUCCCUCAUGACCUAUGCGAUGGGAUUCGAUGCCCUGUACUUUGGCCGCAUCGAUUACCAGGACCUGCAGCUGAGGCACGCCACAAAGGAAUGCGAGGGACUGUGGAACGCCCGCUCGGCAUACGGGAGAGAAGCGGAAGGCGGUGGCAACGACAGCGGGRGCGACGGGAGCGUCUUUUGGGGCCUGUCGGGCUCCUACGAUGGCAUGUACGGACCCCCGGGGGGCUACUGCUUCGACGCGGACUGCGGACCGGACUACGUCCCGCUGAUCGAAAGGAACCGCCGCGACCUCAUCGCCACCCUUCGGGACGUGCUGCUGUCCAUCCGGCAGCAAAGCGAUCGGACAAGGGGAGACCACGUCAUGAUCACCAUGGGGGAAGACUUCCAGUACCGGGAGGCAGCCGUCCACUUUGCCAACCUGGACCUGCUGCUGGGGACCGUCGCCCGCCUGCAGGAAGACGAGAACGGCCGGAACCUGCUGGACAUACCCGCUCUCUUUGGGCCGCGGUACGAUGCGAUCCGUAUGUUCUACUCGUCUCCCGAGCACUACACCGAGUGCAAAUACAACGAAACGGUCCGGAGCCGGGAACACCAUCGAGAACAACACGACUCUCGGAACCCAGGAAUCCAGACAACAAAGCCCUUGGUCGAGUGGACCACCAAGCGCGACGACUUUUUYCCCUAUAGCGACUGCCCCAACUGCUUCUGGGCCGGAUAUUUUGCUUCUCGCCCCGCUCUGAAGCGUUUCGAACGGGUUGGCUCGUCGUUUCUCAUGGCGGUGCGGCAAAUCGAAUCCAGCACUGCCAUCCUUGGUCACCCKUUUGUUGGUACYAGYRAGACSGCUCGGCCCAGAGCUCUGCACCCAUCUCUCSGAGAUGCYUGCAACACCACCACCGCGGGAGAASCAUCGUCGUGGCUCUGCGGAAACGAUCGCUUUCGAAAACUCGAAGACGCCGCUGGGGUCCUCCAGCACCACGACGGGGUUUCGGGAACCUCGAAGCAGCACGUGGCCUACGACUACGCGAAGCGCUUGCAGGCCGGRAUCGAUGGCCUCCUCCCGUGCACGAUUCGCCAGCUGGARCGGUUGCUGCUGCUGCCCAUUCCUUGGAACGAGACGACCCGAAGGCGGUUUCCGGAGAAUCUUUCCUUUUGCCAGUUGCUGAACGAAACCAGGUGCGACGUUUCGGUGGAGGCUACCAGACCCGGCAAUCCUCGGAAUGGCCUUGUUCUCUACGCAGUAAUUUACAACRGUUUGGCWUGGGAGCGGUCGGAGGUGAUCCACCUCCCCGUUGGGUCCGGUGGCAAGUACCUCGUCGAGGGAUUGGCAGAUGGCACGACCGAGACAUUGGAAGCCAGACCACUUCCAUGGCGCAAAUCCAACGAAAGCGGAGGCRGYGRCGSCGAGCAAGAACCAAAACCGUUUGUUCUCUCGUUUUUAGCAGCCAAUCUUCCUGCUAUAGGAGCCAAGGUGUUCCGGAUUCGAAAGCAACAGCRGACUUUGCAACAUCAACGGCUACUUAACUACCACACAACGAAACAAAGCUCCGAGAUGAUUCCACUUGGCAAUCGGUCGGAACAAACGGAAUCUCAAGAACAACACMAAAAGGAUGGCUUGGAGGAGAUUUCCAACGGUCAAUUUUCGGUUCUACUGGAUUCCAAAUCCGGUACCAUCCGUCGCAUCGGAACCCAGGACAUCGAGACUCUGAGUACAUGGGGCUAUUAUACCUCCUAUGACAAGGCGAGGGACGGAAAUCUUCGAGACGACAAAGGCUCCCAGAAUUCGGGUGCGUACGUCUUUCGACCGAGCACACCAAACCAAGAGCUAAAGGUCGUUUCUCCCGUCAAUGCGACAGUGGUUCGUACUGCUCUUGGUAUGGAGGUCCACACGGAAUACGAAACGCCAUGGAUCCAAACGAUUACCCGUAUUUUUACGGGAAUCCCAUGGGUAGAAAUCGAAUACCAGGUCGGUCCCAUACCGAUCGCAGACGGACGCGGCAAAGAAGUGGUGACCCGCUAUAACACCAUGGUCCGGAACAACGCCACCUUUUAUACCGACUCUAACGGCAGGGAAUUUAUGGAGCGGCGACGCAACCGCCGCCCAACAUGGGACCUYACCGUCUUCGAGCCCAUUGCUGGAAACUACUACCCCGUGAACACCGCAAUAUAUGUCGAUGAAGUACGAAACRACAAAGAGAAUUCUGGGAGACACCGCAAGAGCAACGACAGAGCCAAAUCCGUCCCGGCCUUUGCGGUCGUGACCGAUCGCAGCCAGGGRGGAGGAUCCAUAAGGGAUGGAACUUUGGAGCUCAUGGUCCAUCGUCGAACCCUGGCAGACGACGGAAGGGGCGUAGGAGAACCCAUCAACGAAACCAGCUCGGGCAUCACACCUUGUCCGCCAUACGGAAACGCCACCCGCCUCGGCGGGGGCUUGGUCAUCCGUGGAAAACACCGGAUCGUCGUCGAGAACAACCUUGGUGGCUGCAGGCAGGUAUCCUGUGGGGGUGUCGGCGGAGCUCGGUUGGCCCGAUCGGUGAUGGAUUCAUCCUUUGCGGAUCCUCUCGUCUUUGUGGGAUCGGCACCGUCUUCUUYGGUAGAUGAUACGGGAGUUUUAUUUGGAACGACCAGCUUUUCUGGGUUGGAAACGUCGCUACCCAAGAACGUCAUGCUGAUCACAAGGCAGAUUGUGUACAAUGAAGAUUCAGAAGCAACACAAGGGCAACCCGCAACGUUUUUAGUCCGUUUGGGGCAUCAGUACGGGCGAGGGGAAGACYCGGAUUUGUCGAGGCCCGUGGAUGUCGAUCUAGCAGUGCUUUUUCCCGGUCGCAAGCUGAUAAUGGUUCAAGAAACAACCCUCAGCGGGAAUCGAARCAUAGAGAAAUGGAGAAAAGAUAGAUUCGAUUGGCAAGGAUCUUCCACAAGAAUGGCACACCCUUCUACACGAAUGGCAACCGAAUCAACCGCGGGUGGGACAAGCAAUAGCCAAAGCAAAAGCAAAAGCAAGAUCACUCUAGCCGCAAUGGAAAUUCGAACUUUUCUUGUGAAUGUUGAAGCUUAACUCAUUAUGGAUAAUAAAUAAAUUGCUACUGU